AUGAGCAAUCUCAAACUAUACCUGAGUGUCUAGUACAAGCAACUUUACCAAAUAGCUCUUAGAUACAGUAAGCAAAGCGAUUCAUCCAAAAACAAAAGAGAUCCUAUACAUUUUCUAUUAUAUGAUGCGUAAAAUUUUGAGUAAUUUAAUAGUUCUUUUCUGCAUCAAAUGACAAAGAAAUUAUUGAGUCAUGUAUUUGAAAAGUGGAAUAAAAACUUUAUCACUUUUAGAAAUGCAACCAAAGAGGAAAGAGAAAAAAAAGGUAAAAAGGGAGUGGCCCUAUUUUGGUAACCCCCAAAACUAUUUGAAUUACCUUAGGAUAUAGUGGUUAGACUAUUCUUAUUUGAAGAGCUUGAGAAACGAGGACUAAUAACUGGAGAAUACAAAGAAUGA